GAACUCUCUCUCCCUUAAGAAUCUUCAUCAGUCAUUAAGCUCAAAUCGAUCGGUAGCAGAUUGCUGAAACAUAAACUAUGGGGAGAGGGAAGAUUGUAAUCCGAAGGAUCGAUAACGCGACUAACAGGCAAGUUACCUUCUCCAAAAGAAGGAAUGGGUUGUUGAAGAAGGCUAAGGAAUUGGCUAUUCUAUGCGAUGCCGAAGUCGGACUUGUGAUCUUCUCUAGCACCGGGAAACUCCAUGAAUUUGCUAGCUCAAGCAUGAAAAAGGUGAUUGAGAGAUACAACAAAGUGAAGGAGGAGAAUCAUCAACUUCUGAAUCCUGCUUCAGAAGCCAAGUUUUGGCAAGGAGAAGCAGUUCAGUUGAGGCAACAACUUCAGUAUUUGCAACAAAGCCACAGGCAGCUGUUAGGAGAAGACCUUUCUGGUAUGAAUGUCAAUGAUCUGCACAAGCUGGAAAGCAAACUGGAAAUGAGUCUCAAAGGUGUCAGAACAAAAAAGGAACAAAUCUUAACGGAUGAAAUAAAGGAAAUACACCGCAAGGGGAGUCGCAUCGCUGAAGAAAAUAACGAACUGCACAAGAAAGUAAACCUCCUGCUACAAGAAAAUGCAGAUCUGCAGAAGAAGGUUUACGGAUCCACACACAUGCAUCACGAUGAUAACGAGCUGCACACACCCAUAAGCCUCCAGCUAAGCCCACCACAACCACUGAGAACCUACUUACCAACCGAAACCAUGAAACUCGGGUUACAGUUAAACUCAAAACCAAGCUAAAAGGUAUUUAUUACCGUUGGUAUGAUGUAUUCUUCUGAAUAAUAUGUUGUGAAAGAAUCAACCGUAUACGAGUUAUAUGGUGAUUUUUUGGUAUUGAUUUUAAGGUGUAAAGUGGUAAUAAUAAUCAGAAGUAUAGGAAGAUGUGUGAUUGUAGAUGUACCAGAUUUUAAUUUGAUACACUGUUGAGAGUGAUUAGGUAUGUGUUGUGAUGUUUAUUAGCAAUGUAAAGAUUU